AUGGAGUUUGCUGAAGAAGGAGGAUCCGUUCUAGGAGGAGAUAAGGCAUUUGGCGAGCUUUUCAAGAAAGUUUCCACCGUCGACCCCACACCAUAUGUCUGCGUUGAGGAAGCUCUGAAAUUUCGCGAGCUAACGUGCGGCGGUGAGGCAGCAGUAAGGGAGUACUGCGAGCAUAUCGCCCAGGCUGGAGGCAAGAGAAUAGCAGAGAUUAUGGGUACCGAAAUAAUGGAAAACGAGACCCCGACACUCCAUCGAUGCUGCUUCGUGAACGCCCGUUUACCGUUAGUAGUUACGAAUGGGGCUGCUUCUUACGAUACUCGCGCCGAGCCCGCACAGGAUCAGGAAGCAGUGAACGUGCAGGAAAAUAAGAAGAUUUCGUACAUCAGAGAUACGGAUGCCACGGAAAUUUCAAAGUGGAUGACAGAGAGAUCUAUUAAGGACUACGAAACCAUGAUUCCAGUUAAGUUCUAUAGAGGAGAGGUCUGGUGCAGGAUAAGUGGUCAGGUAUAUCUCGAACUGCAAAAUUUUGAGUGGGCCGCAUACAGGCUUGAAGAGAUGUGCGAAAGGGUCUUGAGGGGGGAAUUCAAGGAUGCGCCAGUUUAA